AUGCCCUUUAAUCGACGACAUGGUGCCAAGUCAAAGAAGUUCAAACCAGAUGGUCUUGUUUUCGCUCGCGACUUCCGCACCGGACAACCUAAUAGUGGUCUCCCUGACACGAUCUGCGACGACAUGGUCGUACACUAUACGACGUUUCAAGGAUUCAUCUGGAAGCGUCACGUCAAUCAGCUCCGCCCACAUGUCUCACUAGGAGAAACAAUCGAUCUGACAGACGCCUCCGGAAUGCCUUCAAUUCAUCACCAGGUUCGUCUUCAAAGACGUCAUCCUCACUACAGUCGUCUCCAAUGGGCACAACAGUCGCCCUCACAACAACGACGAUGA